ACUUCAAUGGCGGACGGCCACUUUCUUCCCUAACAAAACACGUUUAUUUUUACGUAAAUUACAUCGUUUUAGCGUUUACAACUGCAUGUGAUCUGUUUUAUUUCGGUAAAGCAGAAUCUAAGAUGUCGACUGUGGUGUCGGACUGUUUCACUAUCGGUAGUAUUGUGGCUACAAAAACGUGUUAUAAUGAAAAUAUUGAGGGGGAAGUAUUGGCUUUCGAUCCACAAACGAAGAUGUUAAUAUUGAAAUGUCCGUCUUCUAGUGGCAAUCCGAAGCGCCACGAUGUUAAUAUAGUAAAUUUAUCUCUCGUAAGUGACGUACAGAUCAAGAAAGAAGUCACUACAGUCCCAGAGCCCCCGCAGUCAUUGAACCUUCAUAGAUUAAACACCAGAGUUCGGAAUUCAAUAGAAAAUAAAAGAAGAUUAGUAUCAGCCUUAUCAGCAUGUUUGGACCCUGAGGGCCAGCGGUUGUUCCUGGCCAUCGCUAGAGUCAUCGACGACGUAUCCUGGGCUGGCCAGAACAUCCGUGUCUACAAUGAGGUCACCAUCACACCACCGUAUAAGGUGGAGAAUGUACUCGGAGAGCAGGAUUCGAAACCAUACAACUACAUCAGGAAAUUCGUAGAGAAGCACUGGCGUGAAGACAGACAGAGAGAACUGGCCGCGAGCAGCAACUCACAGCACUAGACUUGUGUAUAAACCAGUGUUGCCCGUCGACAGACUAUCGACUAUCGAUAGUCUGUUGAAAAAAAACAAUAGUAUCGAUAGUUCAAGACUAUCGACAGUUCUAUUUCAAAAAGUGUCGAUAGUUUUCAAGUAAUCAGAAGCAACACUAUCGAUAGAUAAAGAACCCAAUAGUAUCGACAUGUUUUAUGAUAUUUACGUCCUCGACUUGAGGACUUCACUCACUGGAGCUUAUCACCAUCACUAAUUUAAGAGCCAAGCUCUUGUCAGGGUAGCAUCCUCCAUGCUACUUUUUAGGAAAAAGGCAGUGGUUUCCCUCUUGCCUUCCGCCCCGCAGUACUCUGUCUGCCGCGAUUGGGAUGGCGCCCAGAGUAGUCUAUUUCAAAGCCGUACUAGGACUCCUGUCGUCCGCCUCUGAAUAGUACUGACAGUUACUGCUGCCCUUAUGUAUGAAGUUAAAAUUAAUGAAUAAUACAAUCAAUAACUUUUAUAAUGAAAUAGACAUUUUCUUGAAAAAAUGAAUCAGUGUUUGAAACAGUGUAGUCGACUGUCGACAUUUUAUCGAUAGUUGGUAGUAUACAUGGUAUAAGAAACCCAGGUAUGCUCAAAAGUGACAGCUAACAUUUCAAGGUUAGCCCAGCUGACGUCAUCCCACGCUGUGUUGCCAUUUUGUAAAAAAUAAAUUACCCACGACCAAUAC